AUGGCCGAACUGGCCUUUUCGCCAGCCCCGAGAGAUGUGGGGAGGCCGGGGCACCAAGAAGAGGAUGUUCCUUUCUGGGAGGAGGACGGCUACGUCGAAAUGGGCGAGGGCGAGCUCCAGCACCGAUCCGAAAUGGUGACCGGACCACUGGAGCCGCAAACUUCCGCACCGUCCGCGCCCCGCCGCAACUCCAUGCCGGGACUUACCGUGGCUCGCCGCCCCUCUGCUACAUCGGAGAAAGCACGGCCCUCGCCAAGCUCGCCGUCCUCGCCGCAGCCCGACUCGAAGUCACUCGAUAGUUCCGUGGCAUCCAGCUUCGAUGUGUCGGAGCUCAAAGCAAGAGAGAGAGCAGAGUCGGAGUUGCGGCGCGAGCAGCGCGAGCAGUGGCUGCAGGUGCCGAGGUUUCAUCCGGCGGCAGCUGCUGCGGUGUCGUCAGGAAGUCGUGAGCGCAUGCUGGUGGAGACCUUGCUAGUGUCGCUUCGGCGAUUUCGGGGAACCUCUCUGAAGGCCUGGCGCUGCGACUUCGACAAGCAGGGAGUAGGCUGGGUCAGCCAGGCGGAGUUCGCACGCGCCUGCCGCUUCUUCGGGUGUUCGGCGGAGCAAAUCUGGCAAAGCUGCCGCGUGAGCGGAGGAGAACCGUGGCUUCGAAAGAGGGUCAAAAGCCAGAAGCACAUCACCCUUGCCGCAGCUCGUGGUGGCCCUUGA